UCUACGGCCCAAGCGUACUCACCAAGACCAGAAGAGGAGACAACUUGAGCCGAUUUUGGCCUCCACGGUCCCUCCAUUUUGGUCCCUCCUCAGGCGCGCCCCUUCGAGCCCAGACUUAGGCCACGCCCCCUCCUCAGAGCCCCACCCCUUCAAUCAGUCCCUAGGCCCUAGCAAAGAGGCGGCCGGCAUCUCAGAGCUGGGGGUGUUGCAGCAGAGGCGGCGAAGGCGGGGUCGGAGGCGGGGGCGACGGCAGCGGCAGUUAGAGCCGCCUAACCCGAUGGCUGCGCUGGGGCAGAGAUCCGGCCCUACUGCCGGCGCGGAGGCUCUGGCUCUGGCGGCCGAGCUGCACGGGGAAGCUACGUGCUCCAUAUGCUUGGAGCUCUUCCAGGACCCCGUGUCCAUCGAAUGCGGCCACAGCUUCUGUCGUUCCUGCAUCGCCCGCUGCUGGGAGCGCCCGGGGAUCCCGGUGUCACCUGCCCCCCGCGCCCUGCCCUGUCCUCAGUGCCGGGAGCCAGCCCGGCCCAGCCAACUCCGCCCCAAUCGCCAGUUGGCCGGGGUGGCCAGUCUGCUCCGCCGCUACAGCCUCUCCCCGUCCGGGGACGGGGACGGGGAGGGCGCGGGGAGCCUAGUGUCCGGCUGCAUUCAACACGGGGAGCCUCUGAAACUCUACUGCCAGGAUGAUGGGCGGGCCAUUUGCGUGGUGUGCGAUCGUGCCCGGGAGCACCGCGCUCACGCCGUACUGCCGCUGGACGAGGCGGUGCAGGAGGCCAAGGAGAUGUUGGAAUCCCGACUAGGUGCCCUGAAGAAGGAAUUGGAAGAGUUUGAAGAUUUUAAAUCCAUGGAGGAAAAGGAGAGCCGGGAGCUCCUGAAGCAAGUCACUGUGGAAAGGGAGAAGGUCGGGGCUGAGUUCCAAGCACUGAGGGCUUUCCUGAUGGAGCAGGAAAGUAGGCUGGUGGGGCGUCUGGAAGAACUGGCCAGAGAAGUGACCCAAAGACAAACUGAGAACUUGAACCAACUUGGCAGUGAAAUAUCCCUGCUGUCCAAACUCACCACUGAGAUGGAAGAGACAUCCCACAAACCUGACUUGGACUUCCUUCAGGAAUUCAAGAACACAUUAGGCAGGUGUGACAAUGUACCAGGCCCCAAACCAGCUUCAGUCUCUUCUGAAAUGAAAAGUAAAGUUUGGAAUAUUUCACUCAAGACCUUUGUUUUGAAGGGACUGCUAAAGAAGUUCAAAGAGGAUCUUCGAGGAGAACUGGAAAAAGAGGAGAAAGAUAGAUCCCUGUACCAGGCACAUUGGGGGGGAGAGACAGAAGAAAGGAAGAAACAUGGUCCCUGCCCUUGGAGAACUCCUGUGGAACUGACAUUGGAUCCUGACACAGCCAAUCCCCGCCUCAUCCUCUCAUUGGAUCUAAAGAGUGUCCGCCUGGGCCCACGACCCCAAGAUCUGCCUCCUAAUCCCCGGCGCUUUGAUACGAAUACUCGAGUGUUGGCUUCUCGUGGAUUUACUUCAGGCCGUCACCACUGGGAGGUGGAGGUGGGCUCAGCUGAUGGCUGGGCCUUUGGGGUGGCCCGGGAGAGUGUCCGGCGUAAGGGCCUUACUCCUUUUACUCCUGAAGAGGGUGUAUGGGCCCUUCAGCUCAAUGGUGGGCAGUACUGGGCUGUAACAUCUCCUGAACGUACUUCACUGAGCCCUGGGGGGCGGCUGGCCCGGGUUCGGGUUGCUCUGGAUUUAGAGGCUGGUGCAGUGUCUUUCUAUGCUGCUGAGGACAUGCGACACAUCUACACCUUCCGAGUGACCUUCCGAGAGCGAGUCUUUCCCCUCUUCUCUGUCUGCUCUACUGGGACAUACUUGAGGAUCUGGCCAUGAGAUAGGGUCAGGUCACUCAGAGGAUGGGGCUGAUUCACAUCUCUAGCGGACUGGGAGCUGCAAGAAGUUAAUCCUGUACAGAUCUCUCUCCCAACCCUGGCUUCCCACCUGGCCAGACCAAACUGUUUUUUUUUUUUUUCCUGAGAAAUGGGGUACAAGCAACAAGUUAAUGUAUGUAUAGGUCUCUACCAAAUCCCGGCUUCUUGUUUGCUAUAUGCUGGCUUUAUUCCUUCUCCAACUUCUUGCUGGGGCUUAUUACAAGGAAACAGCCAGAUUAUCUCAUUCAGUUUUUUACUCUUUCCCCUCCUUAUUUUGGACUACCUUUUCACCAAAACUUAUCUGUGGAUUUAACCUUGAAGACUGUGGAUGCUGGAGACUUUGGCCAAACCUCCCCCUUGCCUGUUUUGGCAGGUGGCAGCAAUUGUUGCCAAGUAGCAAGUUAAGGCUGUACAUAUGUGCCUGGCUUCCUGUUCCUGGUCUCUAUUCAUCUCUAGAUCUUAAAACUGUUCUGUGUUUCCUUUCUCUGGCUAUUUAUACUGGCUUUCAUCUCAAUUUUUUUUGCAUCUUCAUUUUCCCUCGGACCUUAGAAGGUGUUGGGGAAAGGUAGUAGGAAAUGGAAGAGGGACUAAGUAUAGGUUCCUGCUUACUUGAAUCUCAACUCUGUGCUCUCCCAACUGAGGAAGAAGGCAGCUCUGGACCUGGGGCAGUAUGAUUUAUUUUCUCUGCUUUGCACUUUUGUCAGGUUGUAGCCAACAGGAUCAAAAAUGAACUUAAAGCUGAGUGGACUUGGCUGCUUGUCUUUAGACUCAUAGGUCAUCAAUUUUCCUGGCUAUAGCUGACAUUUUGAAUUGGGAAAGAACUCUGUUUCCAAAAUAUCAGUCUCUGCCCAGAUAAAAAUUAAAACCUUGCCUAUGUGUGUGACAUGUACCUGCUUAAGGGAAUAAAUGCCAACACACUUUUUGGGAAUUCACACUCACACUGACCCAUAACUUUUUCCCUGUCUUCUUCCAUUCUCAACCAUAUAACAGAUUACCAAUACAAAGAUACAACUAUCAUUGACAGUAGAGAUCGAUCUCUGCACCCAAAUAUGCAUGUAAAUCCAUACUCAAAAUUCCACAAGCAUAGUCACUUAGUGUACAAACCCACAGGCAACAAAUCUCAUAACAGUCAAUAUUCAGGUACUUUCUGCCACAAAUAUGUACUCCCACUGUUUUACCAAAUGAUGUAAAUACUCAACUCUUUUCCAAGAAGCACACACAUAUAUGUACUGUCUAGACCUUAAAUCACUGGGUUCUAGGUUCUCCCUCAUGAUUUCCAUGGCCUCUUUACCAGAAUGGUGCCUCAGUUUCCUUAAUUUGUGAGACUUCCUGCUCUUGACGACUGAUACAGAGAGAGGGGAACAGAACAAAAGGGGAAGAAUGAAGAAUGGCUUUCCCUGAUCAUACAGAAUAUGAGUUCCAUCUUGAGUUACUUGGUUUCUUGGUGGAUGGGAAGGGGAAGAUCUCAUUCAUGAGUCUAUGUGUGGUUGUAUCUAUGGAGCAAUUCUCUAUACUGAAUGAUAAUGUGAUUAUUUCUGUGUGAAUGUAUACAUUAUUUAGUGGAUCUGGAUACUAGUGUAUGUGUGUAUGUGUAGGGAGUAUACGUUUAUUGUAGUCUCAUUAUGUGAAUGUAGGUAUAUUUGUGUGUCCUUAUGCUGUAAGUACUAAUAUGUUUGUUUUCUUGGGUUUAUGUGUUAAUGGAUGAGGAUUUCUGAAUGUUCUAUUAGUAUGUUUGAGUCCUUGAUUAUAAUAUAGAUAUGUUUGCAUGUAAGUUUGAUAUAAUUGAGUGUAGGUCUCUGUAACAGAAGUGAAUACUGACUUGACUAAUAUCUGCUCUGGGUAGGGAGAAAGGAAAAAUUUGGUAUAGACUAGACCUUAGAGCAAGCAUUAUUAACUUAGGAUAUGUGAACUUGUGUUUAAAAUAUUUUGAUUAACUGUUUUUCAAUAUAAUUGAUUUCCAUUGUCGCCUUAUGUAUUUUAUCUUAUUCAUUUCACAAUAUUAUUCUGAGAAGGGGUCUUUCCGUAGUUACCAGAUUAUCAAGAGGGGCCCCCCAAAACACAAAAAUGUUAAGAAUCCUUGCCCCAGAGGAAGGCUGUAUAUACAGCAAAGCAGUUACUUGUAAUGUCAUCCUGCUUCUGUUUGAUUCUGUGACUGGCUCUCUCUGCUCUCCCAUUCUCGGGAAAAUUUGAGGCUCAUUCCCUCACUCUUUAUGUUUAAAUGUUUAAGUGAUGGUCUCUUUUAAAUGACAGAGGUGAGUUGGGCAGUUGUGGGAAUUGGAGGGUCUGUCACAUCUUAUGGGGUAGGAUAUUACCACCUGUGAAGGCAGCAGUAGAGCAGAACUCUUGAGGAACCAGGCUUGAGAUGAACCCAGCUUUCCAUGCUGACUUGUAAACUCUGUCCUUAUCCACUCCAGGAAUCCUGCCUUUGAGUUAAUUGUAGUCACCUUAAUUUCUACUGUCCUCUUUGUUUAUUUUUCUCUGUCCUCUGUUUUAAAAAAAGUAUUUUCAUACUUUCUGGACAUAGAUAUUUGUCCAAAAACUCCCUUUUCUCUUUAGGGAUCCCUGUGUCUAAGUCUUCCAGUUUCUGGGAACUAGAAUUAAUACUUAAAUGACUGAUUUUGUAUAUAGAGUAAUAAGACAUCUAUGGUGCUCAACACAGUAUUUUUCUCAUAGAUGCCCAUAAAAAUUUUUGAUGAAAAGUAUAUUUCCAUGUGUAUGAUAACUAGCAUUUCUAUGUCACUUAACUUUAUAGUUUAGUGCUUUAUAAAUAAAUACCAUAUUUUAUCUCAGCAACCCUGGGAAAUAGUAGCUAUUUUUAUCCCCAUUUUAUAGAUGAGAAAAUUGAGGAAAGAAGUUAAAUGAUUCAUCCAGGGUUUGUACAGUUAAGUAGGCAGGAUUUGAACUCAUGUCUUGUGUUCAGGGUCAGGCAUUUAAUUGCAGCAUUGGAUUACUAGGAAUUGACUACUAUGAAUAUGGUAGGGAGAUCACUAGGUUUGAAGUUAAGGACCUGAAUCUAGAUCCCAGCUUUUUCAUUUAUUUGGGAAUGCAAAUAUAAAAUGAAAAAUCCUUAAGAAGUCUAUCUUAUUGAGGGAGACAAUAAGUAUAGUACAUGAAUAGGAUAAUGUAAAAUAAAUACAAGGCAAUUUUUUUUGGGGAGACAGGCACAAGAUUCUAGGGAGAUCAGACAAGGCUUCACAUAGAGCUGAGCUCUAAGGAAAUGGCCAGUAUGAUGGAGAAGUGCAAUUCCAGAUUCAGAGAUCUAUAGUUUCUUCAAAGGCACAGAGAUAGGAUAUUAUGAGAAACAGCAAGUAAAUCAAUUUGAUUCGUGUGUAUAAGGGAAAAAUGUAAUAUAACUGGAAAGAUAGGUUCAAGUCAGAUUUUGAAGACCUUUAAAUGCCAAAUAGGAGUGUAUUUUCAGAGGUAUUGGGAUACUAUUGGAGUUUCAUUGAGUCAACUUUGUAAUCUUGGGGAAAAUUUUUCACUUUCUUGGCUUCAUUUAUCUGUAGAAUGAGGAGUUUGCCUUAUAUGAUCUCUAAGAUCUUUUACUGUUCUGAAUCCAUGUUCUUACGAGUCUAAUCAGGAAGGUAAUAUGGAGAGGAAAAUCGUUAGAAAACCCUGAAUAAAAGUGGUGAUAUAUUUUGUCAUUCUUUGGUGAGUAGGUAUUUCUAGGCAACAGGUAUAACCAAGCAAAAAACCCAGAGGCAAGAAAGUCAUGUUUAAUUAAAGGAAUAUUGACUCAAUUUAUCUAAAAGUAGAAAGAGAAGUUCUAAGAGAUUAAGAAAGUCAUAAUUUGUAGAGAGUUUAGUGAAAGGUUUAAGAUAGAAUUUUGGAUCUGCUCUGCAGUGUUAUGUUAAACACCUAAGGAGGGGGAUGGAAUAGUCAGCACAACAGUAAGAAAAGAAAACUUAGUAAUAAUUGAAGGUCAACUGAAAGAAAAUGAAAUAAAUAGGGGCAAUCUGGUAUAGUAUACUAGCAUAUUAGAUAAGAAAUGACUAGCUAAAUUUAGAUUGAAGAGAUAAAGAUAUUAAAUGAGAAAUGACUAAAUUAAGAUUGAAGAGGUAAGAUUUUAGAGUUAUUUGUGCCCUUAUCAUCUCUUGAGGUACUGCAAAAGCUUAAUUGACUUCUAAUCCAUCCUUCAUGCAGCUGCCAAACUGAUAAUUCUUUAAAAAAAAAUUUUUUUUUUAAAGCUGCUAGACAGUCUACCAAAAUAUCUUCAAUACAUGCAUAGAUUGAAUUACAAAAUACUCCUUACAGAAAUAAUUAUUUAAAUACUUGGAAGAAUAUACAGUGCACAUGGCUGAGCUGGGUCAAUAUUUAUAUUCAAAUAGUACCAAAGUUAAUAUGCAGAUUUAAUAUAUGUACCAAAUAAGAUAUUUUUCAGUGCUAGAUGACAAAACCAUUUGGAGGAAGAAGAUAUUCACUUUAUCAAGGAAAACGAUAAAAAAAAAAGGUAGUAAUUAAUGUAGAAUACCUUUUCAGGUCUUUAAACAUAAUACAAAGCAAAAGUCAUCAAAACCAUUUGGUACCAGUUUUUAAAAAUAGAAAAGUAAGUCAUCAGAACAUAUGGAAACAUGGAAGAAUCAGAAAUUUUCAAAUCCAAUGUUCAAUAAAUGUCAAAACAAAUUACCUUGGAAAGACCUUAGUUGAUAAGGACACCUACGAAAAAUGGAAAAUAGUCUUCUAGAAAAUAGGUUUAGACCAACGUCUUUUUCUACAAUAACAAGUUAAAGGUGGAUGUGUGAUUUCAAUAUGAAAGAUCAUACUAAAAGAAGCAUAUACUUUUCACUGUUUUGGGUAAGUAAUAAAGCUGUCAGAAGAUGAAGAUAUAAAACAAUUUUGAUUAUAUGAAACUGAAAAACUUGUACCAGCUAGGAUAAGAGAUGUGAUCUUUGUUUCAAAUAUCUCUGAUAAAGAUUUCCUAAGAUACAUUAUCAGAACUUACAAGGAAUUAAAAAUAAAAACCAAAAGCUAUUUUCUAAUUGAAGAUGGUCAAAAUAUAUGAACAAUUCCCCUCCAAACUGCAAACUAUUAACUAGAUAGAAGAAUGCUUUAAAAUACUACUACUAAGAGAAAUGUAAAUCAAAACAAGUCUGAGGUUUUACCUUACAUUCAGCCAAAUGGUAAUGAUUAUAGAUGUUGGAAAUAAUGUGGAGAAGUGAAAAGAUAAAGAUUAAUGCAUUAUUGGUAUAGUUGUGAAUUGGUACAAUCCAUUCUGGAAAACAUUUUGGAAGUGUGCAAAUAAAGUGACUAAAAUGUCCAUAGGGAUCCUAUUGUCCACAAUGACCCCAGAGAAGUCAUUGAGAAAAAGAAAGUUUCUACAUACUCUAAAAUGUUUAUAGCUUCUCUUGUGGUCACAAAGAAUUGGAAACAUACUCAUCUGUUGUGGAAUGGCUAAGCAAAUUAUAAUACAUGAAUGUGAUGGCCUAUCUUAUAGCACAGUAAGGUACAGUGAAAAAUGAGAAGCCUAGGAGGACAUAAAUUGAUUCAAAGAUGAAUUGGUUGACAAAGAUUCAAGAGGAUAAACUUUAAUUAAAAAAAAAAAAGUCACCAUUUUGCGUUUUAUAUAUGUGAAAAAGAAGUGUAUAGACGACUUUCUAGGCUUCUUUUCACCUGUUCCCUGUCAAAUUCUAGAAUGCUACCAGAUAAGGAGAGAGGAGGAAUUUCUCUUCCUUUUCUCACCUCCUUUUCCUCCCUCCCCUCCCCUGGUAAUUAAAGACUUCCUUAGGGUAGAAACCCCAAUGUGUUUAUCCAAGUUUUUUCAUUUGUGAGUAUAAAUCUGAGACUUGAGAGUUAACAUUCCAGAUCAAGAGAUGACAAAAAGUCACUGUAUUAGAUUGAAUAUUCUGUACAGGUAUAUAGACUCAUACACAUUGCCACAGAAGAGUAUGUCCAUGGACAUCAUUCCUGAACUACUUCCUUAGUAGAGGAGGGAGGAUUUUCUAGGCAGCAUCUGGUUAGAAUGUUGCUUCCCAGACAAAGGAGGAAGGCUAGCCUUGAAGAAGGCUAAGGAUUAAAAAAACAAAAUCAGAAAACAAAAAUCCCACCUUCCUGUCCUUAAGGCACUAUAGUCUAUGGGGAGAUGGAGAGGGAGGGAAGAACUAUAGUAUUUCAGUUGUGUCCAAUUUGUGCAAAGGCCCAUAAAUGAGAUUUGGAGUACCUUAUUUAGAGAAUAGCAAUUUGGUCUUUUUGGAAGGAAAAUGGAUAAGAAAGCAAAUAAUGUGUAAUCAAUCUGAAAAGCUAGGUUAUAGCAAGAUUGCAAAGGACUUUAAAAGCAAAACAAGUUUGUAUUUUAUCCUAGAGAUGUGCUAUUUCCUCCGGUAAGUCUGCAGUGUUCUGCUCUUCAAAAUUACUUUAUUUUAAUUUUCUCUAUAUAUUUUGAGACUGCCUUUUUUCUGCUACUGUCCUCUUCCCUUUUUAUAAAAUCUUUGAGGGCUUGGUGGGGUUGGUAUUUGUUUUUGUUUUUUUUUUCCAUUUGCAAAGUAUAUAGUAUAGUAGUUGACUAAUACACGCUUAUUGAAUUGAAUUGAAUAGGGAGGUAAUGGAGCUUCUUGAGCAGAAAAGUAACAAAUUUAUACUUUGAGAUUAUCUAUUGGAAACAAAACUGAGUGCUCUGGUCAGAGUCUCAACUUAGCCUUAGAGAAGAUAAACCUCCCUCCUUUGCAGAAAUAGGAGACUAUGGAUGUGGAAUAUUGAAUACAUCAGAUAUGGUUGAUGUAUCAGUUGGUUUAGCUGAAUUUUUUAAAUGUUUUUUAUUUUUUUAGGUUAUACAUACAUGGUUAUUCUGGUUAUACAUAACACCUUUUACAUAUUUCCAUUUGAGUUUUGUUGGGAGGGAAAAAUCAAAACAAAAGGAAAAACCAUGAGAGAAAAAAAAAGUGAAGAUAGUAUACAUUGCUCCACAUUUGGUCUUCGUAGGCCGCCAUCUCUCUGAUGAUGGCAUUUUCCAUCCAAAGUUAUUGGAAUUGCUUUUGAUCACUGAAUUGCUGAGAUGAACCAAGUCUAUCAUAGUUGAUCAUCAUACAGUCUUGUUACUGUGUGCAAUGUUUUCCUGGUUCUGCUGCUUCACUCAGCAUCAUGAACUUUUUUUUUUUUAAAGUCUUUGUUGUAAGGCAUGAUAAGAUGGUAGAGGAAAGUAUGUCAAAACAAUGUGUUAACACUUUUUAAAAAGUUGAUUUCUACUGGAAAUGUUUGCAAUCACUGCCCAUCUUGAGAGGGCCAUCCUUUAUAAUUUUUUUUUUUUAAGAAAAGAGAAAAAAAGUAAAGAAAAUGAACAAGCUGGUCCUCAAAUGGGAAGAAAAAAAUGUAUUAUAUGCUGUUAUACACUGUGUAUAUCUUCUGACAGUAUCUGAUAUAGUAGUGAAGUGCUCUAAAGCUGCUUGUUGAAUGAAAUUUAGUUAAAAAGUUUUGACCUGCCUCAUGAUCAUGAAACCAGUAGUUUCACUGCAACCAGAGACAGUUUUCCUGUCUCUGAGGUUGACCUACCCACAGCAAGAGAUGGGAUAUGUCUAAGAGAUUCAUAUCUCAGCUGAUUCUAGUCCUAGAGAGCCCAGAAUAUAAUCACAAAGUGAUAAUGAAGUUGAAAGUAAAUGGUCUUCUAUGACUCGAUCCCUUUAUGAGAUAUGAAAUAUUUUGUAUUGAGUCAAGAAAGGAACAAGAAUUGGCAGAAAAUUAUCUUUCUCCUUUGUGCCUUGAAUGAAUUUCAGAACUGGAGAGUUGGAAGCAGUUGUGGUAGAGAUUCUUGCCUCUAAACUAAAGACAGCAAGAGGGAAGAGAUUUGCUUUUAAAGUACUUGACCAACAGAAAAAUGGUAGAUUCAGCUGGAAGCAGAGACCCACAGUCCAUAUAGAUUCAGAUAGAGACCCAAGGGAGGAAACAGCUCCAAGGAAAUUAGCAGCAGAGAAAAAAGAGAGACUCAAGAAAAUAUUUUGAGGGUCCAGUUGAGCAACUAGCCCAGCAGACUCAGAAUUCAAAGUGCAACUAUGAAAGGCUUGCAUAAAGAGAGAAAAGACUGCUAGGUCUGAAAUACCAAGACUUGGGAGGUGUCUUUUCCAUUGCUAUGUCCUACACUUGUGCCUCAUCAUUGUACCUAAAGUCUUUGCCCAUAUUGUCCACUGAUGUAUUUGUGGGGUACUUCUCCCUAGUUUUAUGUGAGGAAUGUUUUACACCAAUUGUACUUGGUAUGUACCAUCUUAAUAAAUGUUUUUGUCCUACAAA